UGUAGUAUAAUCGUACAUUGACUUUGCUGGUGGUUUGGAGUCGAACAGCAAUGAUUUUAAUUUGAUUUAAAUAAUAAUAAAAUACAAUGGCUUUUAUGAUUAGGCAAACCGGUAAAUCAUUAUAUCAACAUUUGUUUCGUUGCACUCAGUGUACGCGUAUUGGUUUUAGUGGACAGAGACGGCAUUAUUCAAGCGCAUAUAAUGCUGAAUUGUAUACAACAACAAAGAUAGACAAAAAUGAGCCGACUUUUGACAAGAUUCUGAUUGCUAACCGAGGUGAAAUCGCCUGUCGUGUCAUAAGUACGUGCAAAGCCAUGGGAAUUAAAACGGUUGCUAUACACAGCGAUGUGGAUUCAGACUCGCUUCAUGUUCGUUUAGCAGAUGAGGCGGUGUGUGUUGGACCAGCGCCCUCUGCUCAAAGCUACCUUGACAUGGACGCCAUCAUGAAAGCCAUUCAGGAAACAGGAGCUCAAGCGGUACAUCCAGGUUAUGGAUUUCUUUCUGAAAAUAAUGAAUUUUCAAGGAGAUUGGCUGAAGCCGGUGUACAAUUCAUCGGCCCACCAGAAGGAGCAAUAAGCGCAAUGGGUGAUAAACUUAUGAGUAAACAAAUUGCCAAACAAGCUGCUGUUAAUAUUGUACCAGGGUUUGAUGGGGUUGUCAAAGAUGAGGAUGAAGCUAUAGGUCAUGCUAAGGAUAUAGGGUACCCAGUAAUGAUCAAAGCUUCGGCGGGGGGUGGUGGAAAAGGAAUGAGGAUAGCUUGGAACGAUGAUGAACUCCGGGAAGGUUUUCGACUAUCAACUCAAGAGGCUGCAUCAAGUUUUGGAGAUGAUCGUUUACUAAUUGAGAAAUUUAUUGACAACCCACGCCACAUAGAGAUUCAGGUAUUAUGUGAUGGUCAUGGCAAUGCAGUUUACCUAAAUGAGAGAGAAUGUUCAAUUCAAAGACGUAACCAAAAGGUCAUCGAAGAAGCUCCAAGCACGUUCUUAGAUGAGAAAACGAGAAAGGCCAUGGGUGAACAGGCAGUGGCGCUUGCCAAAGCAGUCAAAUAUCAAUCUGCAGGAACUGUUGAAUUUCUUGUUGACUCAAAAAGAAACUUUUAUUUCUUGGAAAUGAAUACAAGGCUACAGGUAGAGCAUCCAAUAACAGAGUGUAUCACUGGGAUUGACCUAGUUCAUCAAAUGAUCCGGGUUGCAAAAGGUCAUCCGCUGUCCAUCACACAAGAUGAUAUAGGAAUAGAUGGUUGGGCGGUGGAGUGUCGGGUAUAUGCAGAAGAUCCCUACAAAGCAACCUUUGGUUUGCCAUCUAUUGGUCGUUUACACAAAUACUCAGAGCCUCAACAUAUACCAAAUGUUAGAGUGGACAGCGGCAUCACGGAAGGCAGUGAAAUUAGCAUUUACUAUGAUCCAAUGAUUUCCAAGCUAGUAACUUAUGGACCUACACGACAAGCAGCUUUAGAUACUAUGAAACAGGCCCUCGAUUCCUAUAUUAUACGAGGUGUUACGCACAAUAUCUCUCUACUUCAAGAUGUCCUAAUUCAUCCACGAUUUAUAGAGGGUGCUAUAACAACUAAUUUUCUUCCUGAGGAAUAUCCCGAUGGAUUCAAAGGACACCAAUUAACGAAACAAGAAAGGUUACAACUCGUUUCCAUGGCAUCAAGUAUACUGAUGAAGCAGUCUCAUAAGAAUAGGGCUUUUAAAAAUCAAACACGAAUUGGUUGUAGAGAAUCGGCUCCAACAUGCUUAGGUCUCAUUGUUACGCUUGACAACCAGAAGAUUUCAGUACAAGUACAAGAGAUUGAGGAUUGUUAUAAAGUUACCAUGGGAGACAAGACAGUAACAGUCAGCAAGAACUGGUCGCUUGGCUCUGAUUUAUUAGAUCUUCAGGUUGAUAAUCAGUCUUUUUCUAUUCAGUUAAUUUCUCACGAUGCUACUGGGAAUUUGAAGAUUCAAUUUAUGGGAACCAGUUAUGCCUUAACUAUUGUCCCCACUGAAGUUGCUGAGUUAGAGUCACUUAUGCCGGAGAAGAAGAAACCAGAUGUCAGUAAAGAGGUGAUCUCACCAAUGCCAGGCAAGCUGUUCAGUCUAACAGUUGAAGUGGGACAAAAGGUAUUUGAGGGACAGGAGGUCUGUAUUGUCGAAGCCAUGAAAAUGCAUAACAGUCUUUAUGCUGGAAGAACAGGGAUUGUGAAGGCAGUUCAUUUUGGACCCAGUGAUAGUAUUGGUGAAGGUGACAUUAUAAUCCAAUUAGAAUAGACUCUAAAUGUAAUUUCACCAUCAGUCAAUUAUGUAAAGCUCGGUUUCCAUAGAAUCGCUCAUCAUAUCGGUGACAGUCGCCGACAAAUGUCGGGAAGGCUGAACCUGGUUCAACCUCUACGAUUGCCUUGCAGAUGAAUCGGGGUGCAUUGCUAGCUGCCCUGAAGCAAUCGGGAAGGCACCCCGAUUCGUCUGCAACGCAGGCGACAAAGUUGAGCCAAGUUCAACCUUCCUGACAACUGUUGCCGAUAGAGUGAGCGAAUCUAUGGAAACCAUGCUGCAGGCACAGUAAAUAUAGCUAUGUUGCAUCAAUAAUAGCUAUACCAGGCCAUGUGAGGCCAGAGGGAAUAAAAAUUCAUUUUAUAAAAACUUAUCGAUUUUAUAGUAUGUGUUCAUGAUAAAUUUCAAGUGAAUCUUAAUUUAACUGGGUGAUAUUGCAAAUCAUCUUUUGCAAUUUCAAUUUAAAUAUAAGCAUGGUAUCAUGCCUGUGAGCAGGGGUGAUUGAAAGUGUGUGUGGAGGGGGAAGUGGUGCUAAACAUGUUUUAGCCACCACCCCCCCCCCCCCACCCCAAACA